GAUGUUCAUUUGAAUAAAUGCGCGGAAGAUACGGACUCGGAAUACCGACAUGGACUUUGAGCGGUCAAAGAUUGUCCCGUGGAUGAUACAUAAGAGGUACUCUUCUUGGGUGGUGGUGGCUGUAGAUAAGUGAUGAUUGUCCUGUCGGAAACGUUCCUCAGUGAUCAGUUUGAGCACAGCGCGAGAUCGAGAAAGGAGCAACGGGAAAAUAAAAAAGAAGCAGAUCGUGAAAAUGUCUUUCACUAUGUUAUUGGAUCCACCCGGGCCCGAAGCCAGGGCUUUGGCCGAAAAAGAACUCAGAGAAACUGAGGAGAACGUGAAAAAGGGCAUUGAGACUCUAAGGAAAUAUAUCGAAGAGGACAAAACGAUUUAUUUUUCUACCGACGAUGAUUUCCUUAUGAUCUUCCUUCGUCCUUGUAAGUUUUAUCCCGAGAGUGCGUUUGAACUAAUGAAACGAGUCGCAGACUUCAAGGUGAAGCACGCAGCCCUGUUGCAUAAUCUAAUGCCGGAAGACGAAAAGAUCGCUUUCGUUGAACACAAUGUUGUUAAUAUUUUCAAACACAGAGAUCACAAAAAUCGUAGAAUAAUGUUAGUAAAUUGCGGUAAAGUCUGGGAUCCGUCAAAAGUCUCCAGCGAUCAAAUUUUUCGCAUAUUCUACUUGUUACAUGAAUUAGCCAUGCAGGAACCAGAAACACAGAUAUUUGGUAGUGUUGUGAUAAUGGAUUUCGAUGGGCUCUCCAUGAAACAAAUCACGGGAAUGCCACCAUCUUUCAGCGUGAAACUGCUUAGUUUUAUUCAGGACGCGAUGCCACUACGUUUAAAGGAGGUUCACUUUGUAAAACAACCGUUCCUGUUUAAAAUGGUGUGGCAAAUGUUCAAACCUUUUGUUCGGGAGAAAUUGAGGAAUCGCAUGUUCUUUCAUGGUUCCAAGAUGUCUUCCUUCCACGCUCACAUCCCACCGAGUCAUUUACCGAAAAACUACGAUGGUGAAAUGCCAGAAAUAGAUUAUACAGGUGCCGAUUGGUAUCCAUCAGUGCUGUCUCACGAAGAUAAGAUUAAAGAGUGGAACACUUAUGGAUACGUAAAGAAUAAAUAAGCUGAACUUUCAUCAGAGAUUGUCAUAGAUGUUAUUAAAUAUAUUUUUUUACAAUUCAAGCAAAUUCUGGAUUUAUGGACAAUUUAAUAUAUUGUGUGUAUAA